GUUCCGGGCCCCAUACAUGCAUUUGUUUUGAUUGGUAAUCAAUUGGAGUGCCGGAGCAGAGCAGCGCUGUUUUAAUCGAGACUCCAGUUAUUUACUCAUUAACUAUCUACGAGUCCAGUCUCCAAUAACGAUGUGUGCAUAAGCCCAAUGAUGGAAGAAGCCGUGCCUUUCAGCAUCGUGUCUACCGUUAAAGCGCUGAACAGUGCACUGCGAGACGCGGAACAUGAAGCCGAGAUCAGCCGGGAGCGAGAGAAGCUCUGGUUCAAGGAAAGCAGCGCAAAAAACCUGAGAAAUCGGGACUUCUUGUCUCCUAAUACGGUUCUCACGACGUUGUACGCCGGUGGAGAGGUUCCCUCUGAGGUUCUGAGUGGUAUUCGCUGUCUUCGUGGGAGUGGUGUGUUGCCAAUAGGAGCCAGUGAAGUGACCUUGGAAGGAUUACGCGUGUGUGUGGAUCGCUGUGCAGCUUUCAGAGGUGUUCUGUGUGGAAUAAUGCCAUACCUAAAACCUGCUGCUCAGAGACAGGGCUGUAUUCUCAUCAACUGCCCCGCCCUGCACACCAAACAAGCCACGCCCUCUCCUAAUACAUUAGCACUGGGGCAACUCCGAACCGCUCUAAUUGCCGACCACCUCGGGGCACAGCUCAGAGGACAAGGGUACACUGUGUUCUUUUGCCCAGCCUUGCCACAAGAGAGUGACAUUGUCAACUUCCUAAAAACACUUGGCAUUGAUUGGCCAACGGUUCCUGUCAGUUGGACCAAUGAGGACAGGGAGGAGAAGAUGAAAAAAGCUUUAGAGAACUCUGCCUACCGAGACAGAGAGAUGGAUAGAGGAAAGAGGAGAAGCAGAGGAGAAGAGAUAGAGGGAGAGAAGAGAGGGAUUAAAGAGGAUGUUAGGAUAAACCUUACACAAGUGGUACAGGAUGACAAUCUCCAGGGGUAUGAUCCCAGUCUUGGCACAUGUACAGUGCAGAGAGAAGCGCUGUGUCACCUCGCCCAGCUGGACAGCGCUUCCGCAGAUUUCCCUGUCUCCACAGCAACAGUCCUUCAUGUCACUUCCUGUCAGGAUGAGUUUCGUCAGCAGCAAACAGCCAUGCUGUGGAGAGCAGCGGGUGUAAUGGCAAUGCAGAGAUUGGUGAUUUGUGGUCCUGUUAAAACUCCUGGUGUUCAGAUGAAUGCAGCACAGUAUCUCCAAUUAAGAAAAGCUCAGAUGAAAGAAGCCUCAGAAAUCAAGUAUGGAGACCAAGUUGAAGGUCAGACAUGGGAUGACAUCAUCAGAGUCAUGACAUCAGCCACUGUUAGAUUUGAGCUUCUGUCCACAGUGCACACGAGUCCGGUGACACUAGAUGUGCAGCGGGACAGCGGCGUGUCCACGAAGGGCCCCAGGGGUGGAGUCUUUGUCAUGUAUAACUGUGCUCGUCUUCACACUCUUUUUAGCAGCUACGAGAAGGGGGUGGAGCAAGGUCUUUAUCCAGAAAUCCCUGCAGGCACAGAGCUAGACUUUUCUGCACUAAAAGAGGAGGGUGAGUGGCUUCUUCUCUUCAAUUACCUCAUUCCAUUCUCUGAACUGCUGGACCAAUCAGGACAGCUCCUGGAGCAUGAAGGAGGUGGGGCCAGAGUUAAUUUAAGAACGGAACAGGUGUGCAGAUUCUUGGUGUCUCUGAGUAAAGAUUUUAGCUCCUAUUACAACAGAGUCCAUGUCCUUGGGGAGCCACUGCCUCAUCUCUUUAAUCAGAUGUUUUGUCGUUUAUUGUUGCUGAGAGCAUUAAGAGAACUUUACCACAGCGCCCUGGACUCCCUUAGCCUACCCCCAAUUACCCAGCUAUAGAAUUUAUACCGCAGACUCUACAUUAUUCUCAAAUACCCUCAUUAACAGCCAGCACUCUGCAAUUCUCUUUAGUUUUUACUCUUCAAAAACCUUCUCAUACCCAUCUCAGAGUUAAAACUCAAAUGUCCCCGUAUUCAACCUGGUUCCUCCUGUUUGCCACUGAAAAACCAUAUGCUGAAGAUAGAACAGGCCAGAUACCACACACAUGCCUGGAUACCCAACGUUAUCACCCUUUAAUUAAUGUGCAUCUUUUAGCUUUUACCUAAUUCAUCCAAUUAGCCUAGCCAGUCUGUUUCUGCCCCUAGACAUUUCAUCAAGGAAGAUGCUUUCAUGCACAGUCAAUCUGAAAAUGAUUUGGCAAAUUAUUAUGGUAAAAGCUAUUAUCUGUCUAAGUGCGCUAAUCUGCACUCUACUGCACCAUAGUCAUAUUUUCUGCUCCCAUGCAUGACAUUGUCUUCAAUGUAACAGUCUUUAAUUAAUUAUAACUGUUCCACUCAAAUUUAAUCAGCACCUCCCUUUUGUUAAUCAUAAAGUGACAAUGUAGCACAGUUGUACUCACAGUUUGAUAGAUGCACACCCAAGAAAGUAACUUGCCUGUCACCACUGUUUCUGAUCAGGAAUCAUCUCAAACAAACACCAUCAUCUGGAUUUCCUGAAAUGCUGUAUUGUGGAAUGCUAUUUUAAAUUAAUUAAAAUCGAAAUAUAGUCUUAUCUGUACCAAAUAUAAAGUUUUUUAUUCUAGAUUGUCACCCCCAGUGUCCCUCAGUGUUAUGGCACUAUAAAUAUACAGGUGUACCACUCACGUGCCAUACAGAGUUCAAAUGUGCCAGUACUGUCUGUAAACUGUGCCAUAACACCAUGCUGUAUUUAAACACUUGAGAGUACUAAGCACUUAAAGUGACUGUAUGUAAUACUGUCCCACUUCCAAGGUUUUGUUAGUGAUCUCACUUAAUGUAUUUAAAUAUAUGAACAACCCACAUAGAUUUAAUGAUUAA